AUGUCUGACAGCAAGGUCACUGUUCCUCUCUCCGAGCCGCCAUGGCUCAGCGGUCUUCCAUCGCCCUACUACGACGACUCUCACCGAAGACUCCAGCGUGUGUGUCAUGAGUUCAUCGGCGAGCACCUGAUCAAGCACGCCCUGGAAUGGGAGACCGCCGAAGAGGUCCCAUCUCAUGUCUUUGGAGAGUUUGCAAAGGCCAACAUGCUCUUACCUUCCCUUCCCGCGCCGCUGCCCGUCGAAUGGCUGAGGCGUGUAGGCAUAACAGAGAUGCCUGGCGGCAUUCCUGUGGAGAAAUGGGAUGCCUUCCACAUGAUGAUCUAUACCGAUGAGAUGAGCAGAGCUGGCCUGGCUGGCCCUCCAGGGGCCCUCAACACGGGCAUGGCUUUUGGCGUGCCGCCCAUCCUGCACUACGGCGACAAGCAGCUGCAGGAGCGAUUCUUGCCAGAUCUUCUGCUUGGCCGCAAGAGAACCUGCAUUGCAAUCACUGAACCCGACGCGGGAUCAGAUGUUGCCAACAUCACGACAAGCGCCCACACAAGCGACUGUGGCAAGUAUUACAUUAUCAACGGGACCAAGAAAUGGAUCACCAAUGGUGUAAUGUCGGACUAUGCCACCAUGGCUGUCCGGACUGGCGGUGAAGGCUCAGGUGCGAGAGGCAUUUCUAUGCUGGUGGUUCCCCUGAAGAACCAUCCAGGCGUGUCGACGCGCCGGCUCAAGGUGGCAGGCCAGAUCUCCGCUGGGACAUCGUUCAUCGAGCUGGAUGAUGUAAAAGUCCCAAAGGAGAACCUGAUUGGAAAAGAAGGCCAGGGAAUGAGCUACAUCAUGAACAACUUCAACCACGAGCGCCUAUUCAUCUCCAUCGGGGUGACCCGCCAGGCUAGAGUGGCUCUGAGUGCUGCCUUCGAGUACUGCAUGAAACGAGAGGCAUUUGGAAAGACUUUGAUGGACCAGCCGGUCGUCCGCCAUCGGCUCGCCAAGUGUGCCGCGAUGCUUGAGUCGCAAUCCGCCUGGGUGGAGCAAUUUGUCUACCUGCUCUCCAAGCUUAGCAAGAGCGAUGGGGACAAGGAACUCGGUGGCUUGACAGCACUCUGCAAGGCGAACGCAGGCAUAGUGUUGGAUGAGUGCGCUAGAUGCGCCGUCUUGCUCUUUGGCGGCAAUGGUUACACCCGAACUGGACAAGGCGAGAUCGCCGAAAAAAUCUAUCGCGAUGUACCUGGCGCUAGGAUCCCGGGUGGGAGUGAGGAUGUCCUGAUGGACUUGGCCGUCAGGCAGUUGGUAAAGCGCUUCCAGCAGAAGACCAAGGAACUGGACGCACGGACAAAGAAUUCACGCCUGUAG